CGGCGCUGUUGCGCUUCAGAUAUAUCUGGAGUGUAUUGUUUGCGCUGCAUUGUGUAGUGAUGGUUUAUAUAAAUGAUACGGUGAUGAGAGUGAACAUGUCUGUGUUUGAGCACAUGUUUGCGAGCUUCAUCCAGGAUACAAAGGACCAGGAAACAAGUCGCCAAGAUGGUAACAAAGCGGAUGUAAGUUCUGACAGUAUAAAGGCGGUUGAUACGAAAAGUAUAUCCGAUCGUAUAGAUAGAAAGACUGUCAAAGGUCACUGUAGGGAUCUCAUGCCCGACACUAUACCCAAAGUCACAAGUAAUUUGUCACCUUGUGGCGAGAGGAAAGAACGAGCAUAUUCAUACCAAAAGAAAUCAUUAGCGCAUAAUAACCUCGAAGAGACGGACGUGGAUGUGGUGGAUUACAAAGUGUGCGCUGGCAUAUUUGCCAAGUUUAGACUG